UGGUCACUGGCCAGUCGGGUUCUCCUUCUAUCCCCCGUUUCAUCGCCCAUCAUUCAUCACCCAUCCAACCAACCCAUAUCUUGGACCUCCCCCGGUUCUCAACUCUGACUCUUGUACAAUCGUAUUUGUAUCAGACUUUCCCAUCCAUUAUUAAACUCCCUCUCUUUCAUCUUAUUCCUUUUUUUUUCUCUUCUUAAAUUCAUCUCAUCAUCACUUAUUCAUCACCAUCUUAAUCAUCUUAAUCAUUCCCAACCCUCUGGUAGCUCGUAGUUCAUCCUCCGCUUUUUACCGCUACCCAUCAUGAGAGUAGCUAGCUCGGCCCUCUUGCUGGGCGCCAGCACGGCUGCCCUCGCACAAGACCAACAGAAGGUCCUCGGUGGCAUCAGCGAUGCCGUCAGGAAACCACUAGAUCACCUUAGCGAAGCUUUUGGUGAGAUGCCAGCUGUUGCUAAGGGUCUAUGGGAUGAAAUGAGUCUCCUAGUUCCUGGCUUCUACGAGAAAGCCGCCAACCUUGUCUCUUAUCCUAAAGCUCACCGACGCCGCCCAGAUAGCGAGUGGGACCAUGUUAUCAAGGGCGCCGACGUGCAAGGCAUGUGGGUUGAGACAAACGGUGUCAAGCACCGAAAGGUAGAUGGUUCUCUCGAGGCUUACAACCUGCGAGCUAAGAAAGUCGACCCGUCCGAACUCGGCGUAGAUAAAGUCAAGCAGUACAGUGGAUACCUUGACGAUGAAGCUAACGACAAGCAUCUAUUCUAUUGGUUCUUUGAAUCUCGAAACGAUCCCAAGACCGACCCGGUAGUACUAUGGUUGAACGGCGGUCCGGGCUGCUCCUCCAUGAUGGGACUCUUCAUGGAGCUGGGUCCUUCUAGCGUCAACAAGGACGGCUCGCUCAAGUACAACAAGUACUCGUGGAACAACAACGCCUCCGUCAUAUUCAUCGACCAACCAGUCAACACUGGCUACUCCUACAGUAGUAACCCCGUAUACAACACUGUUGCCGCAAGCAAGGACAUUUAUGCUCUGCUUACCCUCUUCUUCCACAACUUCCCCGAGUACAGCGAGCAGCCAUUCCACAUCGCUGGAGAGUCCUAUGCUGGUCACUACAUUCCCGUCUUUGCGUCUGAGAUUCUGUCGCAUAAGAACCGCAACAUCAACUUGCAAAGCAUUGCCAUCGGUAAUGGUUUGACUGACCCCUACACUCAAUAUGCUGAAUACCGCCCCAUGGCCUGUGGCGAGGGUGGUUAUGAUGCUGUGCUCGACGAGAGCGAAUGCCAGUCGAUGGACAACGCUCUUCCCCGAUGCCAGUCCCUUAUUUCAAGCUGCUACGAAUCGGAGAGCGUAUGGUCUUGUGUUCCCAGUGCUAUCUACUGUAACAAUGCUAUGAUUGGUCCAUUCCAACGCACAGGAUACAACGUAUACGAUAUCCGUGAGAAGUGCAAGGACCAAGAGAAUCUCUGCUACACCGAGACUGCUUGGAUCAGCAAGUACUUAAACCAAGACAAGGUUCUCAAGGCAGUAGGUGCCGAAGUGCAAGAUUACGAGAGCUGCAACACGGAUAUCAACAGGAACUUCUUGUUCCAGGGUGAUUGGUCCAAGCCUUUCCACCGCCUCGUCCCUGACAUCAUCAAGCAGAUCCCAGUCCUUAUCUAUGCUGGUGACGCCGACUACAUUUGCAACUGGCUCGGCAACAAGGCCUGGUCGGAGGCGCUCGAGUGGCACGGCAAGAAGGGAUUCAACGCCGCUGAGCUGAAGGAUCUCUCCAGCAGCUCUGACAACUACGGUGUCAUCAAGAGCAGCGGCAACUUCACGUUUGCACGCAUCUACCAGGCUGGUCACAUGGUUCCAUUUAACCAGCCUGAGGGCUCUCUAGAUCUGUUCAACAGGUGGCUCCGAGGCGAGUGGUAUGCUUGAACAAUGAGUGCCUCAACUCUUGUGUAAUUAUCGUUGUUCGUACUAUGUAACGCAGUCAUUAGAACAUUACAGAUCGGUAGCCAUGAAUGUCCUUUGGAAUAUUGAGUAGAAAUCAUCAGACUGUAAUAGUAUCAGAGUUUGAUAGAGAUGAUUGGAUUAAGAUAGCAAUGCACGACUAAUUGAAAUAUGACACUCUAUUUCGACGAGAAGGCUUAUAGUAUCAAACGCGCACCCCGCCUGAGUUUCCGAGA